UUAUUAUUAUUAGAGAAUGUGGUUAAACUUUAUAUUUGAUGUGAGUAUAUACGUUAGUGACGAUUUCGAGCGUUUACUCAGUAUGCAUGCGCGAGAAAAAUUUUUCUCAAAUCCAUCACUAAUUCAACUAACUCUGUAUAGGUUCGCCGAUUUGUAUGCAUAUGAAACAGUUAAGAGAUUUUGUACUUGGUGAAGUAUAGUUACCAAUAGUUUCUGUUAUAAAUAAGAGUCACUAUUAUUUACGUUUAUAGACGCAUUUCUAUAAAGGAAAGAUUGGUGAUCAAGAAACAAGGCGCGAGUCGCAAAAAAGUCGAACAGCUGAUGAAGAUCGUGAAUUCCAGCUGUGCAAUUGCGAAGACAGAAUAAUUAUAAACACAAGUUUAGAGAAAGAAAUAAGAACUCGCAAACGAAGAUAUCAAUCAAAAAAUAGGAAAAAGGGCAAUUCGAGUUCAAGCACAGGACUAAUAGUGCUAUAUAGGAGAAUUCUUAGGAGUUCUAUGGUGGAGUUAACGGCCAUACAGGAAUAUCGUUUGAGGAAGAACCAUGAUUUUGAUUGGGAUCAUGCCAAAGUUUUACAUGAGGAACACUUUUACUUAAAACGCCUGAUCUCAGAAAUGAUUUUCAUCAAAUUUCAGAAGCAUGGUCUUAACUCACGAGAAAAGAAUACUGAAUAUUUGGGCACCAGCUACUGCGGCUUGUUAUGAAAAUAAACUUUGUUUUGGUUUCCUUCUCUUCCACAAGUCGUUUCCGCAAUGUUAAUGCUAGAUAUAUAAAUCUGUAAUUAUUUGUAUUUCGUAGACGUGGCGACGUUAUCCUUAACAGGAUCGGUUUACUUUUAGCUGAACUCAACAAAGUACACCUCAAUGACGGGACGUGAGAUGAGCAAGGACGUAGCGGGAAUGAAUUCUGGAUCCUCCAGGGACGACAGCAGCACAGACAAUUCACGGUUCAACCAGCUCGCGGUGCAACUGCAGGAGGAUACCGUAGAUUCGACAAAACUAGUAAAACUACCUCCUUUCUGGAAGAACUACCCAGUACUAUGGUUUAUACAGGUAGAAUCUACAUUUGCGUUAUCUAGAAUUACUAGCGACGAGGUAAAGUACAGAUGCAUCAUACAAAACCUAGAGCCCGCGGUUAUGCCGUUUGUUUCGGAUCUGUUGAUGAACCCACCCUUCGUAAAUCGAUACGAAACGAUCAAGCAAAAGAUCAUCAGUUUGUUCGAAGAGACAGACGAGUGCAGGCUGCGGAAAUUACUGCAAGGAUACGAGCUGGGCAAAGAGAAACCGUCACAUUUUCUACAACGACUAAAGGACUUAGCUGGUGUGCGAUGCAGCGAUGCAGUAGUGCGAAUCCUCUUUCUAGAGCAUCUACCUGAUAAUGUCAGAAAAAUACUGGCCAUCAGUGAAGUCACUAACCUAUCCAAGUUAGGCCUGCAAGCUGACAAAAUCAUUGAGAUAUCAAAUGCCAACGUAUCGCAGAUAAUCAGCUCAGAUCAGAGAAAGGAAAAUAACAAUGACAGCAUGUCAGAGUUCAGUGAGCUGCGUGAGGCUGUGGAAGCCAUAGCUGCAGAAUUAAAUGAGUUGAAGCACCGACCACACUGUGCCAGACAGAGGAGUAGCUCCAGAGACAGAUACAGCAAGCGCAGAGUACCAAAGUCUCCCAGACCAAAAGCCAAGAUAUGCUACUACCACAAAAAAUUCGGAAACAGGGCCUUUCGAUGCUUGCUUCCUUGCGCAUAUAAAUUGCAAGCGGAAAACUAGACGCGUCGCAGGGUCAGGAGACGAGACUGGAUGGCGUAAGAUCAUCUCGUCUCAUAGUCGUGGAUCGAAGCGAAGGAACAAGAUUUCUGGUGGACACAGGCGUGGAUGUAUCUAUCUUGUCGAGAAGCAUGGUAAAUGGAAAAUUUAAUUUAGAUAAAUAUAAACUAUACGUGGCUAAUAAUACGCUGAUUAAUAUUUACGGUAUGAAGCUAGUCAGUGUAGACUUAGGAAUAAGACAUAAGACGGAAUGGACGUUUAUAGUAGCUGACGUGAAACAGGCGAUUAUAGACGCUGACUUUCUAGAACAUUACGGAUUGUUGGACAUCAGACGCAAGAUGCUACAGGACCAGACAACGAAAAUUCAGGUGCCCGGCGAGGUCGUGAAUCAGGAAAUAGGAGAGAUUAUUACGUUUGAUACUGCCAGCCCAUUUGCCGAUUUGUUGAAAGAGUUCUCGAAACCGGUGAGUGGGAAGCAACUGAGAUAUGACGUCAGACAUCACUUAGUUACAACUGGAUCACCGGUAGAACCGGCACGGAGAUGGUAGAACCGAACGGAGAAAGAGCGCAAGCAAUACGUGAGCAGAACAAGUCGGACAUUGGGAUCUGCAGACCGAACAGCCAGUGGAUCGAUUCUAGCUCCAAAGAGAGACGGAGAUUGGCGGUUAUGUGAUGAUCACAGACGCUUGAAAAAAGUAACGUUGUCGGAUAAAUAUCUCAUCUUUAUGACUUUGCAUAGAAGUACUCGCAAGAUGUACAAUUUUCACAACAUAGAUGUAGCAUGUUCAUGCCACCAGACAUCUGUAACAGAGGAUGACAGAGAGAAGACAGUAUUAAUAACGCUAUUCAGUCUAUACAAUGUCAUGCCAUUUGAAUUGAGGAAUGCGACGCAAACAUUUCGAAGAUUCAUGAACCAGAUACUGUAAGGAGUAAACCAUUGUUAUUGGUACAUUAGUAUGAACAGCAGCAAAAUUAGUUUAUGGAGUAACGAUUAAACUACCAGCAGAAUAUUGACGAACACUCAACAACAAGAUCUACAUGUAUUUAUUGAGAAAUUCCGAGAGAUAUCGACCUACGUGUAUUUAUUGAGGAGAUGAGAGAUAACGACCUACAUGUAUUUAUUGAGAAAUUCCGAGAGAAGAUGAGAGAUCAAACUAUCACCAACAGCACACCGCUGCCGGAAAAAAAUUAUUUUUCCACAGAAAGCUCAAGAUUCAUGUACACAUGUAUUCGCACGUAUGGAUAAGACAAAGGGACCACUAGACCUUACGGAGAACCUUGUCCUAUCUUCUGCAAAAUUUCCAGUUUUUUUGUUUCAGAUUUUAUACAAAGGCGAGACAAUGAGUGUUCCUAUCGAAAGACUGAAAUCAGUAUUUAUUGAAACAUUUGUCGAGAUCGAGACUGCCAUAAACAUGGACGAUCAGCUCUGCAUGUUCAGAACAGACAAAUCUAGGAUGUACUCCAGAAAGAAAAUUCGCGCCUUAAUUGAGAGCUUGGCGCUUCGGUGGGGGGAAGGGGGAAUAUAUGAGCCAACGCACAAGCACAUCUGUAACAUGUUACGUUAGGGUGCGUUUAGAUGGAGAAAGAAAUAGCGGAACGGAAAAGAGAUAUGGUCAGCCAAUCAGAGUAAUUCCGUUCUGUUGUUUGAUAGAUAGGUUUCACAUGGCACAGAACUGUUACGGAAUGUAACAAAACGGAAAACAUUCUAACCUAUCAACAUCGAAAAUUUUACAAUUGAUAAGUUGAUAGGAUCAUCAAUUAUUAAUUGAUGUUGAUAGGAACAUCAACUAUUAAUUAAUGUUGAUAGGAACAUCAAUUAUUAAUUGAUGUUGAUAGGUUAGAAUGUUUUGCGUUUUUGUUUCGUUUCGUAACAGUUAUGUGCAGUUGUGUGAAACCUACCUAUCAAACAACAGAACGGAAUAAAACGGAAUUACUCUGAUUGGCUGACCCCCACUAUAUCUCUUUUCCGUAACUGUUCCGUUACGCUAUUUCUUUCUCCAUCUGAACGCACCAUCGACAUAUAGGGCUGCGUUCAGAUUCCCCACCCGGGUGUAUUCUAUUACUAGAACUGCUAUAGUAUAUGUCACAUAUACUAUAGUGUUUCUAGUAAUAGAGUGCACCCGGAUGAGGAAUCUGAACGCACCCUAGAAUGGACUGCUAAAUGAAGUGAUAGGAAUAGGAACAGAUGUAGAGUGAGGCAGACAAUAGUAGGACACUUUCCGUCUCUGUUUACUGAAAUUUGAAUAGCUGCAGCAAUUUCAGCAAUACUGUAUCCUGCGAAAGUCAGGCUGCAAGCUAGACGCAAAAGUAUUAUUUCACGCUACAUCUUUAUUACGUUGCUCGAAAAUAUCAUGUAAUACAAAAAUUAAAAUAGUACAUUUUGUCCAGUUAACCAAUUAAUACUACUGCAUAUAUAA